AUGGAGGACAAUCUUCAGGAUCUUCCCGAUAUCCUGCGUCGGCUUUCGUAUGACUGCUCGCAUCUCGAGCGACUCAGCGGCGGCACCGCCAACUUUGUCUUCCGCGGCACCCUAGAUGGCGACUCGGUCAUAGUCAAGCAUACCAAGGAUUAUAUCGCUUCGAACCGGGAUUUCAAACUGCCGGCGGAGAGAUGUGUAUGUUAA